AAAUUUAAGGACAAGAUGGAAGCUAAGCUCUUUUCAAUUCAGAUUCUCAUAUUGGGAUUUCUUCUUACAAGAGCAGGAAGUAACGUAGCUAAUGAUAUUCUUGCCGAUGCAGGGCCAAGUGCAAAAGAAAAAGAAUUUGAUCUCGAGACAUACCAAGCACGCUUAAGGAACCAAACGAAAAUGUUCGAAAAGGAGCUGAAGAAUAUGAUGAGGGAUGGUGUGAAAACCGUUCUACGACCCCUGAUGACAUACGGGAGUGAAACUCAGAUUUCACCUAAAUGCAUGAGGUCUUUCAUGAAGUUCGCGAGCGACCUAGUCAAUGUGAAAGUCUGGGCACUGAAAAUGUUAGAUGCUUCAUCCAAGUUCCCCGCCGGAAUAUUAUCCGGCACGAUGUCCGACUUCGGGGCCUUCGACCAGUGCUUGGACAUCGAGCUGCCCAGACGGGGAGGAGGAGGGGAAAUCGAGUUCCGCGGUCAGCACUGUGCCGUUGAAAUCGCUCCCAAGAUGCCCGCUAUGCCACGAAACAUGUCCAUGGCCAAGCAGGAAUAUGCCUCACCCCUUGACUCGAUUGCUGAAGAAAUUCGAGUUGCCGGGAUGGCUCUCUUCUACUUGAAGUUUCGCUUCAGUGUUUGCGUCCCUUCCCUCUGCACGUUGGAAGAUAUGAGGAACAUAGCUCAGAAAGCUGGUGAAAGUUUUGACAUGGAGAUAAAAAUUCCACAAUGUUACGUAAGGGAAGUCAAUUUUCAAGCUGUACAUAUUGCUGUCAUAUGCGGAGUGUCACUGCUGCUUAUCAUUUGCAUUUAUGGGUCUGUUGUAGAAUAUAAUCUGUCUGAAGAUUUUUCCUUGAGCAAGCACAUAAGCGUUCGACAGAAGAUCUUCUGCUGUUUCUCGAUCGUGUCCAACUUCCGUCGGUUGACUUCACCUUCCAAAGGGUCAGAAGAGUUAAAAGUCUUACACGGUUUGCGAGCCUUGAGUAUGGCGUGGGUCAUGCUAGGACACACCUACAUCUGGCUGAACUUCCAGCUCUUAAGCGGGACAAAUUUCAUAGUUCAUACCUUCAACAGCUGGACAUUUGGACCUGUUAUGAACGCUUGGCUUUCAGUAGAGUCAUUUUUCUUUCUGAGUGGCCUAUUGACAUCUUACGCUGCUCUAAAAAUAAUGGCAAAAAUGAAGGGAAGAAUCAAUGUUCCUUUGUACAUUUUACGCAGAUACAUUAGAACGACACCAUCUCUCCUGCUGCUGAUGGGACUGGCCUUCUUCAUGCCCCUGGUGAGCUCUGGACCUUUCUGGUACGAACGCGUUGAACCAGAACUGCAGUCCUGCAGGAGCAACUGGUGGACCAGUGUCCUUUAUAUUAGCAACUGGAUGGGUUUUCAGAACAUAUGCAUACAUCCAACAUGGUUCCUAUCGGCAGAUUUCCAACUUCAUGUCUUUUCAGUUAUUUUCCUAUUUAUUUUUCACAGAUCUCAAUCAAUCGGCCUGUUUCUCAUCGUUGUUGUUAUUUUUCUGUGUAAUGGAGCAGUAGGCUUCUUAACAUACACGAAGGACUUGCCGCCCAUCAUACCUGUGUCGACUGGAAAUGAUUUGAUGAUCCAGGAGACGAUCGACUCCAUUCAUCUGAUGACGUUCACUCAUGCGGGACCUUACUUCGUGGGAUUUCUUUCUGGAGUUCUUAUACUGAGAUGCAAAGACAUACGCAUGAAUAAGAUGACUCUUAUUUUCGGGUGGAGUGUCUCGAUCACUCUGGCUCUGACUUCGCUGUACGGAGCCCACCGCUGGAAUAUCGGAGAGCCGCACGGACCGUUCCUGUCUUCGGUUUUCGCAGCUCUGCACAGGACCACCUUCACGAUCGGUGUAGCGUGGGUCACGUUCGCCUGCGUCACGGGAUACGGAGGUAUCGUGAACCGAAUCCUCUCCAGUUCCAUCUUUGCCCCCUUCGGUCGACUGACGUUUAUGGCGUAUUUGCUGCACAGUUUGGUAAUCUGGGUCCGAAUGGGAUCGAGACGGGAGAGGAUCUUCUACAGUCACUACAAUGCGGUGUACGAGUUCGUUGGAAACAUUGUCUUUACAUUGAUCUUGACGAUUCCAUUCUAUUUGAUACUGGAGGCACCACUGUCGAACCUGGACAGGUUACUGCUGUCCAGAUCUCCGGUCGCCAAAGUGGAGGCGGCCGAAGGAACAGCUGGCGGUCAUUUGUGCCAAAAUAUGGCGAACUGUCCCGAGAAGAAAACGAUAACUUCAGCCACAGUAGAACUGAAAUCUGUGAAAGUGAUCGAAUUGGGGCAACAGAACCUGGGAUUCGAAGAUGUCUCGAAGAAAGACUAAUCAUUAGAAA